AUGGCCGUGGAGCCAUCGGCGCCCAGCGACCUGCAGGCGGUGAAGGAUUUAGUGGCCACAGCUGGCGCUGAAGAAGUCCUUUGCAGUUGGAAACCGCCGCAGGACAACGGUGGCGAACCUGUGCUGCAUUACGUCCUGGAGUACGCGCCGGAGCCGCUUUUCAACACCUGGCAGGAAGAUGGUCCAUACCCAGACAACACGCAGUUCACGAAGACCGUUUUCAACUUGGCGCAAGGUCUGGUGUACCAGUUCCGGAUUCGGGCAGUGACCAAUGCUGGAGGCGGCUCCUACUCCAACGUGGUUUCCCAGGUCGUUGGCACCGCGCCCACCGCCGCGCCGACGGGGCUCACGCGAGCCUCCACCACCUCGGUCUCCCUCACCUGGGCAUGGUCACCGCUACCAGUGUCGCAGACCGGUGGGGCUCCUUUGGGCGGCUACCGACUCUAUAUGAACACUGGGCGUGACGACGUGACCUCCCUCGUUUACGAUGGCAGCGACAAACCUUCUGCGACGGAGUUUACGGCAACUUCGCUAGUUUGUGGUAGAGUCUACCAGGCAGAGGUGUCGGCUGUCACCAGCAUUGGGGAAGGCCCUCGAAGUUCUAUCGCCUCCUUCAAGCUGGCGCACACCCCCUCUCAGCCCCGAUCCGCGCGUGUCCUGGCUAGCAGCACGGGCUCCAUCACGCUGGCCUGGGAUAUUCCGGAGAGCACUGGAUGUACAGAGCUCGAGUACUACCGCAUUGAGCGGGACUUGGGCCAGGGCUUCGAGCCCAUUGCCAACGUGUCUACCCCCGUGCAGACCUACACGGACAGUGGAGACUUGAGCCCGGGGCAAAUGUACAUCUAUCGCAUUGCGGCCCGCAACGAUGCGCUGGAGUACUUCGGGCCGCACAGCUCUCACGUCACUGCAUUCGCUGCCUCCCUCCCUGGCAUCACCAGAAAUCUCGGCUACGUCACCUCGACCAGGACGUCCAUUACACUGAUGUGGGACUCACCUUUGGACACGGGCGGGGACCCGCCCUUGGCUAUGGUGGACUUCUAUCGCGUGCAGGCGGAUGAUGGCUUGGGAGGUGCUUUCGGCGACGUGGCUGUGGUUGCCGGAACCUACACGACUAUUGAGUAUCUUACCCCUGGGCGCCCCUACCGCUUCCGCGUAGCUGCGGAGACUGUGGUCGGGACUGGGCCAUACACGGCAGUCUUCCAACAGGUUGAUGACUGCUUGGUGGUUGUGGUGGUGGUGGUGGUGGUGGUGGUGGUGGUGGUGGUGAUGGUGGUGGUGGUGCGGCCGGCAAACCUUUAUUGGAAGCUGCAAUUGCAUGGCCUGCAUGGCCUCCAGCUCGACGUGAAGACAGCCAUUGAGAGGGACGGCAAUUUGUUCAUGCAGUUCCUGCACGCUGGUCCUGUUGAUUACGCAUUCAUCUACGGCAAGAUGAAAGAAGGGAAACGACAGUAUCAAGAGAUCCGUGGACGACAGAUGGAACGUGCUGGCAAAACCAUCCGUGGGAAUAACCACAUCUGCGAGAUCUUCAUCGGGGAUAUUGGGGGUUACACGAUGGCAUAUCGUGCGCAAUUGAAUCCGCAUGAGGGUGGACUUCUCUACAAUUCCGUCGAAGGUAUUGUUGAAGUUCCGAAAUGGAGGCACCGCAUGGAUUCAAAGGCCCUGUACUUGGCUGAUAUGAUGGGGGUUGUGUUUGAUCAGCAUUACCGUAGUGGCAGCCGUGCCGGCAAAUCCUCAGACGUGGAGACUAUUCCUGGCUACACGGACCGUGUGCGGGUCACUUGGACGGAGCCUGCGGACAAUGGCGGCUCUCUCACGCUGGGGUACAAGGUCACUUUUGACGGCCAGUGUGACCGCUACGAUGGCACUAGCGUGGCCUCCAUAACCUCCGUGCAGAUCAUCUGCGUGACUGGUCAGCACCAUCUAAUCACGGUGGCGGCUCGCAACGUGGUUGGCUGGGGCGGGCCUAGCCCUUCGGUCUCGCGAGUCUGCGGUGCGGAGCCUGAUGCUCCAGCGGACCUGCGGCUCAAUAUGAACGUGCCAUUGCAGCCUUUGGACAUGGUGGACCUGCGCACCCCCUCCUCGAUGACCCUGGCCUGGAAUGUUCCUGCAGUUGAUGGGGGCAACCCUGUCAAAUCCUACCAGCUGUACCGUGAUGCCGGCGACUCCUCUGGCAUCUACGCCUUGGCCUACGCAGGUUCGCAAACGAGCGUCACCAUUCAUUCCUUGACCAACGGAAAAACGUACCGCUUCUAUGCUGUGGCCGUCAACGAUGUUGGGCCCGGUGCAAGGACCAGUGUCUUCACGGCAGAAAUGCGAUGCACACCGCGCAGUCUCGUUGCAGCGCCCUACAAGGUGUCUGGCAGCCCAUGGUCCAUCUCGCUUGCGUGGCCUGAGACGGCAGACAACUGCGGCCGUGCAGUGUCAAGUUACCGUGUCUACAGAGAUGGCAGCUUGAUUUUCCCGCUCUCCAACGAGUUCCAUGGAGACCCGAUGCUUGUCGGUGCUAUCAGCUCAGAUAGCAUCACGCUCAGCAUCACAGCCAAGGAGUCGGGCUCUGCUUGGGCCACUUGGAUCGCUCUGCGCUGGUCUGGGCUCAGGGCUGGGGGCUGCUCUGCUAUUUGA